UUAAUCGUCAAUCGGCGUGCGCGAGAAUUCGAUUGCAUUCCAUCGAUGCGAUCCCUCACUCCGACCAGAUGCUGUGAGUGUCGUGCACUUCUCACACGACGAUGCUCAAGCUCGAAGUGGCGCGGCUGGCGCUUGCCGAAGUUACCAUUCAAUGCGCCUCCGAGGUGCAACUGCAACUGCGUCGACGCUAGGGGACGUCAGGUCGCCGAAUGCGCAAACGAUCAUCAGCUGUGCCUUCCUUCGCCCACACGCCCCAGUCUGCGCGCGCCGAACAGCCUAGCGCUAGAAUAUCGACCUGCAUACUGCAUCUUUUCACCUGCCAACGUCGGCGAGCAUAAAGGUCGGCCGAUCCCUCCAGCACCCACGCACACUGCCUUCUUCCGAUCUGCACUUCCCGCUCCUCACGCACAGGCUGUGAAUACUUGUCUUAGGACCAUUUACGGAACGAGCUACACCAGCAGCAAUGCUGCCUCCAAUGUCACGGCCAUCGCCUUUGCUGGUACAGUUCUCGGACAGCUGGUUUUUGGAUAUACGAGUGACCACUAUUCUCGCAAAUGGUCGCUUCUGGUCUCGACAAUCAUCCUCAUCGUCUUCGCUGCUCUUGGCGCGGGUGCCUAUGGUGCUGGCGGCACGCUGGGAGGCUUGAUCGCCGCCCUCACUGCUUACCGUUUCCUGCUAGGUAUCGGGAUCGGUGGAGAGUACCCGGCCGGCUCCGUCGGCUGCGCGGAAUCGACAGGUGAAUUGAAGGAGGGCCACCGCAACCGAUGGUUCUGCUUGUUCACCAACACUCAAAUUGACUUUGGUUUCGUCAUGGGAGCCCUGGUGCCCACGAUUAUCACACGAAUCGCUCCGGACAACCUGGGCCUUGUCUGGCGUCUAUCUCUAGGUCUCGGUGUCGUCCCUCCGCUCAGCCUGUUGUACCUCCGUAUAAAGCUACAGGAACCAGAGUCUUUCUCUCGAGAAUCUUUCACCAAGGUGAAAACCCCAUACUGGUUGGCACUUAAGUUCUAUGGACCGCGCCUAGCUCUGACAGCUGGCAUCUGGUUUAUCUACGAUUUCUUGGCAUAUGCCUUCGGCUUGUUCUCAUCAGUUUGGAUCUCCGUCCUUCGGCCUGAAGCAGCGCUGUGGGAAACGUUUGGAUUUUCCACCUUAGUGAACUUCUUCUACGUACCGGGUGCCAUCCUCGGAAGCUUUACUUCUGAUUGGAUGGGACCGCGUCGUGCGCUGAUGGUCUUCGUUGCCGCCCAAGGUGCCGUUGGAUUCAUAAUGUCUGGAUGUUACGAAUAUUUGAAAAUGCCACAAAACAUCGCUGGUUUUGUGGUUGUCUAUGGCAUUUUCCUUGCGCUAGGGGAAAUGGGCCCGGGCGACAACAUUGGCCUUGUUGCAUCGAAAUCGAGCGCGACCGGAAUACGAGGCCAAUAUUACGCCAUCGCCGCCGCAUGUGGCAAAAUCGGGGCCUUCAUAGGUCAAUACAUCUUCCCAUAUAUCCAAAAUGCCGGUGGCGGGGCCGAUACCAUUCGGGGCGGCCAAUAUCCAUUCUUCGUUGCCUCCAGCUUAUGCUUUCUUUCGGCAUUCUUAGUCUGGUUUCUACCAACCAUCAAUCAAGAUACCAUCGAGAAGGAGGAUACGCGAUUCAGAGAGUACUUGGAAGCACACGGGUUCGAUACCUCCCAAAUGGGAAUGCAAGGUUGGCAGGGCACGCAAGAUGUUGCGUCUGCCAACGCAGAGCAGAGUAGAGGGGAUGAAGUUUCGCGUUGAGCAUUCGCAGGAAACAGUCGAUAAGACUGUCAAAUCGUUGGAUCUAACUCUUACUUGAACUUGGUUUGACGCUUCUCAAGUGUGGCAGUACUUCUCAGGAUCAAGCUGUUGCCAUUGAUCUCAUCUUCAGGGUAGCAGACGGACUAAGCAUGGCAUGGUAGUAGGCCAGUCCUGUUGCGCAGGC